AUACUCUACCAAAGGAUUGUCAGGAGUAUUAUAACAAUGGCCAUACUCAGUCUGGGAUAUACGGCAUAUCGCCGUACAGAAAACGAUGUCACGUGGUCUAUGUAUUUUGUGAUAUGGUGACGAAUGGCGGAGGGUGGACGGCAAUUCAAAGACGGAGGAGUGGAUCAGUAAGUUUUGACAGGACAUGGGUGGAUUAUAAGAGAGGUUUUGGGGAGGCAGAAACAGCAUACUGGAUCGGAAAUGACAUCAUAUACCUGUUCAAGAAGGACAUUAACCCUUACUUGUAUGUUUCGAUCACACUUAACAACGGUACGACUUAUUAUCAGAUGUAUGAUAAGUUCUCUGUAUCUGAUGAGGCAGACAAGUACAGACUUACACUGGCAAGUCCUUCCCAGGGAACGUUAGGUGACAGGAUGCUGAAGACUGAAGUACCGGAUGCUAAUUUGUACCGGAUGUCCUUCAGUACCCCGGAUCAGGAUAACGACGGGACAACAGCGUACGACUGUGCCGCCACCUACCGAGCUGGGUGGUGGUUUAAUUUUUGUCACCACGCCUUGCUCAAUGGACUGUGGUCUCCUCAGUACUGGUAUCAACCAUGGUAUCCCGCCAUUCCUGAGGGAACGGAAGUGAAGGAGACACUAAUGAUGAUAAAACCGCACUAA